CUCUGAGUUUACACCAGAUAAUAAACACUUUUAAAUACGAACUUUUCUUAAUAUAUUCAUAGUAGAGAGGAAGCCUGUUUUAAUUAGCCAUUGUUAUCUGAUGGGAAAUAGUUUACAGUCAUUAGAAGGUAAGUAUAAUUUUUAUAACGUGAUAUAAAGGGAAUGUAAAUGAGGUUGUGAGUGGUCUGCUGGUUGUGAGGGGAACCUGAGUGAGCUGCCAUGACGUGAGGGUUACUUGUCUCCCUUCACUCUCCCCUCUUUAAAUAUGCUUAAGUUAGGCAACAGGAAGGACUAUGGCAUAGACUAUAAGUGUACAAUACGCCUUCUCGAUGACAACGAGGUGUUAGAGUGCGAGUUCCAGAGUUACCACAAGGGGAAAGUGCUUCUUGACUUUGUGUACAACAAGAUUAACCUUAUAGAAACUGAUUACUUUGGCCUUCGUUAUGUUGACCAGAAUAAGCAGAGACACUGGCUAGAUGGGACAAAGAACAUCUUAAGACAGAUUAAGAAUCUAUCGCCGAUCCUAUUUUGCUUCCGAGUCAAGUUCUAUCCUGCGGAUCCUCUGAGACUGCAGGAAGAGAUAACUCGAUAUCAGCUCUUUCUUCAGCUUCGGCGAGAUCUUUUGCAUGGAAGACUCUACUGUUCACAGGCAGAUGCAGCUAUGCUUGCUUCAUAUAUUGUUCAAGCUGAGAUUGGGGAUUAUGACCCAUCAAAGCAUUAUGGAAAUUAUAUUAGUGACUUCAAGAUUCUACUCAAGCAAACACACAAAAUUGAGGAGAAAAUUAUGGAGUUACACCCAACCUUGAAGAACCAUACUCCUCUAAUGGCAGAGACUUGCUUCCUCAAGAAGGCAUCCAUGCUUGAUACCUACGGUGUUGAUCCUCAUCCUGUCAAGGAUCACCGAGGGAGUCAACUUUAUCUUGGCCUAAACCACACUGGAGUCUUGACGUUUCAGGGCUCCCGCAAAACACAUCACUUCCGGUGGGGAGAUGUUCAGAAGCUUAAUUAUGAGGGCAAGAUGUUCAUUGUGCAUCUUAUUUUUGCUGAGGAUGCAAGAACUAAGAAGAAGCACACUGUAGGCUUCAAGUGCCCAACAGCUUCUGCUUGCAGACACCUCUGGAGAUGUGCAGUUGAGCAGAGACUCUUUUACACAUUACAAAACUCCAACAAACAGGGUGUGGUAGUAACAGGAGGAUCUUUUUUCUCACGAGGCUCACGCUUUCGGUAUGCAGGAAGAUGUGAAAAGGAAGUGGUGGAGGAAAGCUCAAGCAUCUUAAGAGAACCACCAACUGUAAAUAGAGUCUCUCUCAGAAACAUUGGGAGAUCAACUUCACUUCCAACUACACCAGCUGACUCUGAUACUUAUGAUGCUGUAAUGAGUCGAGUCCACCGGCCUCUUCCGUAUAUAGACCGAAGCAGUAGUUUGGAUGAGGAUGUAUUGUGUGGGGCUGACACAGGCUCACAAGACUCUACUGAAGGGCUCAACCACAUAAAUGGGGGCUGUGGAGGACCUGGUGCUGCCUACUGUCCAGAAUCAACCUUGCCACCACUAUCACUUUUGGAGCCACUCUUAGAGGCACAGGAGAAUAAAUCACGCUCAUCAUCCAUCCUUGAUUCAAGUUUUAUGGACGCUGAGAGUAGUCUUGAACCAUGCUUGGAGACCCAGGGAAAACAGGAAGAUGAAGAACACAAGGAUAAAGAAAGGGACGUAAUUGGAAACAGUAAGGAACCUGGAGGAAAUGGGGAGGAAGCAAUGCUUCAGCAACAACUCUAUUGUGACUACAGUGGUCGAGGUCACACAAGUGAGUUUGGUGAUACUUCAUCAACAGAGACCUUAGGACCACCUCAUAAUCAAAAUGACCUUCAGCCUCCUCUAAUAGAUAAAGAAGACAAAUGUCUAGAAAGUCCUCAAAGAAGUAGUUUGGCACCUGUCAGAAGAGAGAAACUUAAAGUUCCCAACUUGUCUCUUCCACAGGAUCUUACAAGGGGAGGGGCCCAAAGGCUAUUAAGGGGUAGGAUAAGUAGGCUUAGUGUAAAAACGUUUCUUAGAGUAUUUCUUGUAGCUUUUAUUUUUGUUGUCUUUAUCCUUACUUGUUCAGUGAUUCUUGUAUUUGAAAGUGAAUCAUCCCUACUUCGAGGUGUUCGCUCCACACGAGAAAUGAUACUUCUCAGAUUACAGUAUUACCAACCCAUUAAGGAAUAUAUAAAAAGCUGGCUUGGUAAAAAAAAUUAAAUUAUUUUCCUAUUACAGAUAGCCUCUUCCAGAAGUACCUACAGUAGAUAGACAUUACAUAGUAUAUAUCUCAUAAUUCUAUUUGUACAUAAAUUUCAUAGCAGUGGAGUGUUUGAUAUUUCCUUUAGUAACCUAUUUACUGCCUCAGUGAUAAAGAUAAAAUGAGAUACUGUACUUAUAGGCUUGACUUUGUUAUAUGCUGCUGAUACAUUGUUUUAAUAUAGACACCAGCAAUUUUUUUGUUGCCUGCUGGUUAAAGUGAUAUUUUUUUAUUAUUUUUUGGCAUACAUAUGCAACUGCAGAAAGAUACUUUUAGAAUAUAGGCUUUUUGUCUAUGAUAUAGGUGACCAAUUAUAGUUAAGGCAAUUGGUAGUACAUUUUGUGGUAUAAGUCCACAAGCUAAGUCAUGCUUUGCUUGCUGUUCUAAAAUAAGGAUAGUUACCCAAGACCAGUUUUGAGAGUUCUACUUUCAAAGCCCAACCUGAGGUCAGACUUUAUUGUUGACUGCCUGGUCAAACAGGCUGUUGCUUUUAGCAGCCUGUAGUUAGGGCAGUAAAAUUCAAAUAGAGCAGCAGAAAAGUUAAUUUGACGAGCUAUUAAUGAGUUGAGUAAUAAUGAGCCUUGAGGGACAGUUAUUUCACAUAGCCUCUUUUCAAGGCUCUGCAUCUUACUUAGCUUUAAUACAAUCUUACCUCAUAUCUUUUCUUAUUAAUAAAGCAACUUAUCCCCAAUACAUUCUCUGGAGAUGCUUGUUUAUGGCACUCAUUAAGGCAAGUUAGUCUUGUACUGAAUUUUCAGUGAAAUUUAUACUAGCUCAGUAAUGUUACAGUAUUUACUGAAUUUAAGCACAGUGGUGAUACAUUUACUACAGAGUCUCGUAUAAUGCUGUGUUUUACAAAAAUUGUAUCGAGAGAUGUCAUAUUUAUUAUUUGCUUAUACUGUGCUUUUAAAAAUAAAUUGGAUAAAUUAGACUAAAUUAUGUUGGGCACCGAAAUACUUAGAGAAGAUAAAUCCUCAAAUUCGGCUUCUUUUCGACAAAGAAUGUGCUAAUUUUCAGGAUUUCCCAGUGUAGAAAAAUUAAAUCAAAUCAGGUACUUUUUUGCAUGCCUAGUUCCCAGAAUGGUUUUUGUUAAUUUGGGUGCCAUUGCUAAGCAUAAUUCAUAUCACAAAGUAAUGAUUAGGGACACAUUUAUCACUUAUACCAGAAAAAAUAACUGAAGAAUAGUGUAGCAUAAUGCUUCUGAUGAGCCAUUAACAUUAAUCAUAGUUUUCUACUUAAACUUUUUAAUACAAAUGAGAGAAUAAAAGAUAAUAAUAAUAGCAACAACUUGGAUUUUGUUAUUCUUGAGCACCUAUUCUUUCAAGAAAUUCACAAGCACUCACAUACCAAGCCAUAAAUACAAAAACAACAGCACAGAUGAAGUGCUGAGGUUUAUACUCAAUAAUAACAGUAUGAUUAUCAGGAUCUUAAGUUCUAGAGAAGAGUUGUACUUUCAACUAAAACUUGAAAGCAUGAACGGGUUCUGACUUAACAGACACUGGCAAACAGUUGAACAAGAUAAGAACUUCAUAAGAAAAGGCUCUUUCUGUGAUGACUUCUCUCCAACAGCAUGAGGUUGGUGGCAAUUCACAGAAACAUUCCUGAGCCCAGUAUAAAAGAUACACACAUAUUAGAGUGUAUCUUUUAUGUUUAAUAGUUAAAUGUUAAUAAACAGAGUUUAAAUUUAGUUCCUGCCUUGAUAGGGAGCCAGUGCGGGUCCAAAUGGAGGGACCAGUGGGAACCCUAGUUGGGAGUGAACAUACCAAUCUAGUUGCAUGACUCAAUACAGAUUGAAGUCUUUUUAGCAAACUAACAAAAAAUUACAAAAAGUCAAUUCAAGAGGAAACAAAUGUGUAGAUAAGGACUAAGAUACUACACUUAAGAUAUUUUAUGACUGCAUUGAGAUUAAUUUGAAAAUUGCAAGAUUUAACACUGGUUGAUGUGUAUUAACAAAUCAUGAAGAAUCAAGUUAGACACCUAGAUCCCUCACUGAUUCCACAAGUUGCAAAUUGACAAUACCACAAUCAAAGGCACCAAAAUCUUCAAUCUACUUCCCUGAAAUUUUCCCUGAUAAUCAAAAUAUGUCUUACCCUCAUUUUGUUUUGGUUGCCUAUUUGUUAUCCAUAUCUAAAUAUCCAGCAAAAGAAAACUAAAGCCAAGUUUUGCAUCUUCUACAUUUAACCGUUUCACUGUUGGUGCCAUAGUACUACAGCUUGCAAGCCAGUGUUGGUGCCGUAGUAGUACACCAAAAUUCUAGCGGGGUCUGUGUGGUCAGUGUGCAUAGUAUAAAAAAAAAUCCUGCAGUGCAUAAUGAGAAAAAAAAAAUCCGACCAUGUUUUUGGUUUAAAAUGCCGAUUUUGAGGUGUAUUUUUGUAUGGUAUUUAUGAUUGUCUUCUUGUUUUCUUCAUCUCAUUUGAUAGAAUGGAAGAUAUAUUACAGAAAUAGAGAUGAUUUUGAUUGGUUUCACGAUGAAAAGUACCUUGAAAUUGAACUCAAAGUAGCGGAAAUGUUUGAUUUUUGCCGAUGUUCAAGAGUAAACAAAUGAUGCCACCAUCCAAUACAUGUCUAACUGGCCAGUCUAAUAUGUAGUCACAAGUGGGUUGACAUUAAUUAUGCAAUUAUUACAAUAAUGCAGUAGUCUGCAUAACAGUAAAUCUUCUGUUUUUUGUGUGAAUUCAAAAUGGAAAACAAGAGUAAUAUAAGAGGGGCCUGGAGAUGUGAUUAAUGAACAUAGAAAAUGUUAUUUUAAUGCCAGGAAUGUCUGCAUUGUUUAUUCUGGACCCUAUUUUGAAAUUGACAUCUUUUGAAAUUUAUGUGAAAUUGGCCAAAUUACCAAUUUCUGACCACUUUUUUGGCUAGUUGAAAUCGGUAAAUGGGCAGUUUCUUGUACUCAGUCGCUAGGACAAAUGGAGUUCUAGUGAAAUAGCUCUGAGUUUGGUUGACUGGAACAAUGGAAUUGGCUGAAAAUAGGGCUUAGAGUAGGCAAAAUCACUGAUGCGUGUAUAUUGCCAAGACCACUAACUUCGUGAGAGCGUAAUUUCCAUCACAUUUCGUACUUUUGGUGUCAUUACCAUCGGGAAAAGAUUCUCUAUCAUUUCAUAAGAAACAAUAAUUUUUUUUUUUUAAAUUCUUCGACACUGUGAGCAAGUUUGUGAGGAGGGGUCUCGACAAUGAAUGGGUUAAAACCCAGAUGUAGACUUGUGCAUCAUCAGCAUCCAACAGUAAGCCACUCAUGAGCAGUAAGCAAUACUGGUCCAAGAAUAGAGCACUGAAGAAAGGCAUAGAGCAAAAGAGAUGGCUCAGAUGGUGGGAGACGGCUGACUUGUUAAAAAAAAAAAAAAAAAUACUGAUGAUUUCAGAAGAGAGAAUUCAGUACCCUUAAGGUCACAGCUGAGAUCACUUUUCAGCAGUCCAUGAUCAGUGGUAUCAAAUGCAGCAGAUAUGUCCAACAAAAUUAGCAGCAACACAUUUCCUAAACAAGUGUUCAUUACCAAAUCAUAAACUUUGCUCAAAGUCAUCUCAGUUGAAUGAAAUGGCUUGCAUGCAGACUGAACAAAUGAUAAAACAUCGCUCCUCUCCAGAAAAAGAAAGUUUAUUUAAAAAUUGCAUAUUCAGUCAACUUAGAAAGGAACAUAAGAUUAGAAGCAUGACAUAAUUUGACCUGUUUUCUGAAUCAGGGAAGGCUUCUUGAGGAGCAGUUGCUUGAAAAAUGUCUGCUUUGAAAGCAUUUGAUCAACACAGUUAUGAAAGAAACUGCACCUUUAUGUGCGGGCAAUAUCUUUGAAACAGUUAUAGGAUCUAACUCACAAUGUACUUUAUUAGAACCCAUGAUAUAUUCCAAAACCCCAUUCUUGCAAACAAGAGCAAACUGAAAAACGUCAUUCUUUAUACAUUAUAAACCAGAAUAAUCACAGAGAACUCUGCACCUGCUUGAGCUGAAUCCAGAUCCCAACAAAUAUUCUCUAUUUUUUGACCAAAAUAAUCAGAGAAGUCAGAGGCCAGUUGAAAAGUAAAAUCACAGAUAGAAAAAGCAGGUUCACAUACAUGAAAAAGCAAGCUAAAAAGGAGCCCCUGAUUACCACAUGGUUCGCUUUAUACCCUUUAGUAUUCCACUUUCCCAGCUGAUGCCCUUUUCAGGACAGCUCUGAGGGCUUCUACAUAAUCUAUAAGAUCUUUGUAGCUGGGCAACAGAGGAAUCAUACCAAGGGGCAAAGACAUACAUCCAGAUCCUUUUAGUGAUCAAAGGACAGAACUUACUAGGCACAACCACAGACACCUCAUUAAAAAUCUUUGCUAACUGGUCAGCAGAUAGUGCAAAUGCACCCAGAUCAAGGUUUCUAUAAUUAUGGACCCUUGUAGGUUUGGUGCUUCUUUUUGAUAAUAGUAUAAUUAUGGAAAGACAGUAUGCACUCCCAGUGAGGCGGCACUGAAAUAUCAAUACUUAAAGUAAUGACGAGAUAUCAGACACAGUAAUAUCAGAAGAUAUUACCUAAACAUCAUUGAUGCUCCGAAAAUUGACAGUAGUUAGAACGAAGUUCAAUAUAUGGCUGCCUAUGUGGGCAGGUGAUAAUACAUUAUUCUCAAAAUUAUUUAAUUCUGUUAGCUCCAGGAACUUGUGUGAAAAGAGUUUCUGUUGUGGACAAUCUAUCCAAUAGUUAGUCACUACAAAAGAAGUUGACCACUCUUCUUUACAAAGAAUUUGAUGAGAAAACCAAGUUCAUCAAGAAACAAGGACUCUUUGUCAUUGGUGCCAGAAUGAUACACAAUCAUCAGUCACACAAGUUGCUGCCAAUUCCAUUACCUCAAAUGACAAAACAGUCUUGACUAAUUGGUGUAUGAUGAACACUUGACAAAAAUUAAUAAGAGCUGCAACUCCACCACCAUGAGCAGCAGCUGACUUCAGAAUAUGGUAAAUCAAAAAGAAUCUGGGGAGAGCAAUUCCCCCAGGCUCUUUUUGACUCCAACAGCUAUGUUUCUGUCAGACGUAAAUAACAUAAUGAUUAUAUUUCUUGUUGAUUUUUUUAACACAUCGGUCGUUUCCCGCCGAGGCAGGAUGACUCAAAAAGAAAGAAAGAAAAAAUUUCAUCAUCAUUCAACACUUUCACCAUCACUCAUACAUAAUCACUGUCUUUGCAGAGGCGCUCAGAUACGACAGUUUAGAGGUCCCUCCAAACUGCCAAUAUCCCAAAUCCCUCCUUUAAAGGGCAGGCAUUGUACUUCCCAUUUCCAGGACUCAAGUCCGCUAACCGGUUUCCCUGAGUCCCUUCACAAAAUAUUGCCCUGCUCACACACCAACAUCUCGCCAGGUCCCAAAAACCAUUCAUUGCCAUUCACUCCUAUCUAACAUGCUCACGCACGCUUGCUGGAAGCCCACGCCCUUUGCUCACGAAACCCCCUUUACCCCCUCCCUCCGUGUAUGUAUGUAUGUUCAAAGAUUCUACCUUUCAAGGUAAGGAUUGGAGGAUUGGAAGUGUCUUGAGGAUGUAAAAUUUAUAUUUUCUAUUAAUGGACCUGUGACACUGUCUCCAAACAGUCCACCCUAGAUGUAAAGUAGUGAAUUGUGACCCGAGGAACAUCCCUGUAGCAACAGUUGAUGCAACAGGAAGAUGAUUUGUUGUGAUUUCUAGACUUGUGAUCUCCAGCACAAGAAGCAAACCUAGGUAGACUGUCCUGAUGAGGACAUUUUUCUGCAGUAUGGCUAAAUUCCCUGCUAAGGUAACACUAGGUCAUCCAACCCUGUCAAUCUUGCACCUUGUCAACCCAACAAAUACAUACUGUUCAUUUUUAAUAAUAGCAUUCUGGAUUUCAGGAGACUCCUUCAGUACAGCCAUCCUGCUACCACCUUGAUAGUUAAACAAACAAACUCUAAGAACACAACCUUUUAUGGAUAGCUCUUUGACUUCUGAAUACCAGAAACAAUUUCAUUAUCUGAGCAAGGUAGAAGAAUAACCACAGUUACCUUAGGCAGCAUUUUCCCUGGUUCAGAGACUUAGAAACUAGCAUCAGCAGGAAAACAUGGAUAUCGUGAAAACUCCAGCCUCCUGUUUUGUUUCAGCAUUUGGGAAACUAAGCACCAAAGCAUAAUUUUUAGUCUCCUUUACUUACUUUACUGGGAAUGAACUUAAUGAAUCCCAUACUAAUUCAGCUGUGUGGUCAACAGCACUAUUGUCCACUGGAACACUGGGUUUGGCUUGACAGUCAGGACCUGAUGAUCCUAAGCCUCAAUAUUCACUCCAUGAUUUGUUAAUCCUGAUAUCAAGCACUUUUGGAGCAUUCAUCUCCUCCCCUUCCUCCUCAUAACAACAUUUACAAAAGAUUGAGGAGAGACAACAAGGCUUCACAGCUCACUGCUGAGUUUAGUUUCUCUUCUACCUGUAUAUGCUGUUGGUAAUACUUUGAAUUAUUUUACUAUAAGUAAAAUCAUUCAAAAUAUUACCAACAGCAUUCACAGCACCAAUUACUUCCACAGAAGUGUUAUCCACCAAUGCUAUCUGAAAGUCAGAGCUUUUACCCUCACGAAGAACAUCUGCUCCAAACUUGCAUACUUUGCUCAACCACUGAAAACAUGAACAAUGACAUCCAUGCAUAAAAUUAUAAUCAUCGCAGUCUUCACAGGCAGUUUGAAACCAUUCACUACAAAAGGCCCAUUUAAGUGCCUUAGCAUUCUUUCCAACUUACUCUCACUUACAGGAGACUCAUCGUUUACCUUUCACAGUUGUAGUUAAUAAGUCUGUGAGGUUACUACUAGUGGAGAAGGGGGUAGUGUAAAUUGAUUACACUCCAUUUAGAGUAUAACCCAGGUGCACCAGCAAUGAAAACUUCAGUACACACUUGCAAAUUAUGUCAAGCUUGGAAGCAACAGAGUUCGGACACAUUGUUUAUGAUAAUGUCACUGCACAUUUACUGUACUAAAAUAUUUUAAGUUAUAUUUUUUUAAAUAUACAUUUUUUUAAUUUACUAGCGAUAUAAAAUAAAUGUCUAUCAGUUAUGCCUGCAGAUCAGCUUAUUUCAUAUAUUUGUAUUACUUUUGGAGAAGAGAAAGAAAGAACGGGAGGGUUAAUUUUUAUCUUAGGUGAUUCCACUUUGACCACUGUAUCCUGCUUCUUUCAUUAUAAUAAUAAUACUGUAUCCUAAAUGUUCACAUCCAACAUGUGUACAGUGAGGCCCAGGACCCACAGCUUAUUUGGUACACUACAUGUUAGCAUAAUGGCUUAUUUAAAAUAUGUUCUGAAAAUCCUUCCUUUAAUGUAGAUUCUUAUUUUGUCUGGCUGACACUGAUUUACUGCACCAACUGUGACUUCCUCCCUAUGUAUGCCAUGUACCCUUCUGCUUUAUACCCUCUAAAGUUGGCCUCUCCUUUAUCAUAUAAUGAGCAUUCAUCAUUACAUGACAAACCCACAUUUGUAGUACUUCCUUUGAAUGUAAUGAUUGUCAAGCUUUCCUCUUUAUAUCCAUACUAAGUAGUGGCUGCUGAUAGCUGCAUGGCUAGUAGUACAAAGAGGAAACAUAAUUAUCUGUAUAUUGUUAAAGCAGAGUUGCUACAAGGGUAUAUCAGUGCAAAGGCUAAGUGAAGAGUACCAGAUAUAUUAGAUGAUGAUGUAUUUGUCGGGUUGAAAAACUGCAGUGGCUUAAGGAACUCAUAUCUGAUUUCUUUUAUAUUCUGUGUAUUAUCGUUUAUUGUUUAUAUUGUACAUGACCACUUGUUCAGAAAAAAGUGUGGGAUCCAUGCAAACCUUGCCAGCCAACAACAGAUGCAACUUGCACUUGUUUACAGUUUGCCUGAAUUAUUUUGUGAAUGGACAAAGAAAGAUAGAGAAAGAGUGCUAGUUAGCUAGCUAAAGCUAAUCGUAUUUCACAUGUAGAGUCUAGUGGUAUCAGGGCAAACACAGAUGUGAAUAACACUGCUGUGAGAGUAUACUGUUCAGGACACAUGCUGGCUUGGUACUACUGAAAAUUUUUAUACCAGUGUUUUAACCCUGACAUUAAGACAUUAACAAUAACCUUACUAUCAAAACUCUGAAACCAUUAGAUUGCACAACUUUAAUUAAAACUACCAGAACAUUUUAGACUUUCUGGGAUUGUGGCCUAAAAUAGAUAUAUAAUAUUAGCUUAUCCCUCAUAACUGGAAAAUCCUGAAAAAUAAUUCAGUCUUAGUACCAAGGGUGCUGGAUUUGAGGAUUGAUUCCUCUACUGUAAUAUGUACUGACAUCUAGAAUAUAACUGCUUCGGUACGGUAUAUUAAAACAUCAUGUGUGUGGAAUUAAUAUUGAUCCUGAAGGAAAAGACUUCAUAGCAGUCAGGGGUGGUGACUGGAGAAAGAUGCAUGCUUGAUUGCUGUUCAAUGCACAAGAUGUAUGCAGUAGUAGACUACUCUAAGAAUAAUGUCUUCUUUGUCAACACAUGUACAAUAAGUGUUCAUGAGAUUUUUAAAUAUUUUGAACAAGUGUAAUUAGUAAUUCAGUGAUUGUACAGUUAAUAGAUUUUAUACAUAUUCUGUGUUAACCUUUUCUUUCAGUGUGUGAGCAAGAUUAAUUAUGGCCUAUUACUGUUAAUGAGACACAGUAAAUUUUCUGUGAGUAUAUAUUUGUAAAAUUGGGUGUACACAAUUUAUGACCAGCUUCAGAAAAUAUUAAUUUACUAUUGUUCAGACUUUCCACUGGGUGUUGUUGCUUUCUUUUGUUAACCUUUAAACUGUAGCUGGCUGACACCUCACUGUUAAACAAAUCACAAAAAUCUACAAACCAAGAUAAAAUGGGAAAUUUUGAAGAUUAGGUCCCUGAUGCCUAGGCAUUCGGCAGCAGAAAUUAUGCUUAACGCCAAAUUAGUUUUAAUGUCCAUCAAGUGUUAAAUUAGAGUUUUCUUUAGUUUUACUGUUUUUUGGUUAUUUGCAACAUACACAACUAUUUAUCAUUGUUGUAGAUGAGUUUUGGGGUGUAGUACAGUACUCCCUGAAGCAUAGUUCAAGACAGUGCUUCGUCACAAUGUUUACACCAAAAUUGUAUCUUUUGCACUGACCAAGCCUUCUAGUUGUGUGAUUAUAUAAAUAACACCUCUUUGAAGCAUAUUUCUCCCUACCUGUAUUAGGCAGUGGAAAGGGAAGUGUUUUCCCCUUAGCCAUUGAGGAUUAGGGCUUAGGCUUUGGAUCUCACCAGUUGAUGACAGAUGUGGUUCUUGUAUCACUAGAAUUUGUCUGAUUUUAGCCAUAUGUAAGGUGUCCUACCUUUAUGCAGCUGAAACAUUGAAUGCAUUGAGCAGUGAUUUACAGUACUAUCUGACAGAUCUCUUGGCGAAUUCCAUAGAAACAGUUUGCAAAUCAGAUUUGUCCACCAAUUGCAUUUAUAAUGUUUACUUAAUCAUCACUAUGAGUUUUUAAGUGAUUUUUUUAUCCAACCAUUAUGGCUUCAUGAAUGCUUGUGAGAAGUUCAACAUUAUUACGCUUAUGCCACCUAAGUACUGUUCAUGCAUGUUAUAUGCAUAAAAUGUCUGUACCUCAUUUACCCAAGAUAUUUUUUUUAAUAUGUUAGAUGUAUUAUUAGCUGUGACUGUUCAACAUGGUCUUGUCUUGUUGGCCUGAAGAAAAGCACCAAUUACUAGGCUGGUGUACCAGUCUUCUUUGAACACAGAUCCACAAUAUAAACAGUUUACAGAGUGACCACAUAUGUACAUGAUAAUAGUUUAAGGUUGUUUUGUACAUGUUCAUUUUUAUGCAUGUAUGAAGGGCUCAUGUUUGUUUGGUGGAGAAUGGUAAAACUCUGUAGAUUGAAUGCUUAUGAUUUUAUUACAGCUGAAUUAUAAUAUAAAUAUUAUUUUUUCUGUUAUUUUUUGGUAAAUUCAUUAAUAUUUUGUGUAUGUUCAUGUGAUGCAUAUGUGUUGGGUGCAAAGUUUUUUGGUAAAGAUUAGUCAAGAAUUGUAGAUAUAAUAAUUGUGUUUAUUUGUUGGGCAGCAGCUGAGUGUAUCCAGUAUGUGAUCAGUGAUUGACAUUCUUCAACUCAGUUUACGUGACCGCCCUCUUUCCCUAACCUGAGCAUGCAAUAUCCUUCACCUUUACCCACACCAUAUGCCCAAGCACUUAAUACCCUCACCAUAAUAGUGAGGUGAAGAGCAUAUGUAAAGAGUGUUGUGUCAGAUUCAGUGGUAGGGAUGGAGGCAACCCUGUGCUGCUACCUGUGUAGUGUUGUCACAUGAGAUAUGAGAGUAUGAGAGGGAAAGGCAGUCCUCUUGCUGCUUCUUGUGUAGUGUUGUGUCAAGAGUGAGAGAGAGUUGGGAGGAAGUGAAAGGGAUAAGGUAAUAGGAAGAGAAUAAGGGAGGAAAUAGAAAAAGAGAAGGAAUCAUCAGAGUAUGUACAAUGUUUAUAUUUUAUUGUUGAAAAUAAAUUAGAUGUGGAUUAUUAUGGUUGGAGAAUGCAUUUUCAGCUAUAAGAUAGUGUUUAUGGGAAAGUAGGUUUUGAAUUCCAAAAGCUUGAACAAAUGAUUUUCAGGAAUGCAUUAAAGUGGGGGACCUAUAGUAGGAUGAAAAGGGGCUAAUUAACAGUAAGAGAUGGGAUUAAAACUUAAAUGUUGAAAGCAGGUUGGAAUAUAGUAGUUUUGACUUGAUUGGUGUAUUUGUUUUAUGUAUGAAUGACAAUAAGGUACCAAAAGACUGGCAGAGAGCAUAUGUAGUUCCUUUGAAUAAGAGAAAUGGGGUCAGGAGAGACAAUGGGGAUGAUACAAAAAUAAAUGUUGAACAUACUGGAUAAAGUGUAUGGUAGAAUUUUCAUUGAAAGAGUUAGGGAUGGGGGGGGGGGGGUAAUAUCAAAAGUAGGAUUGCAAAGGAACAAGAAUUUACAAAAGGUUGGGGAUGUGUGGACCAAUUAUUUACAUAAAGCAUAUAAGUGAGCAAUAUUGUACCUAGAUUAGGGUUAACAGUGUUUUUGUUUCAUAUAUAGCUUUAGUAAUGGCAUAUGAUAAAGCAGAUAUGAGAGCAUUGUGGCAGAUGUUGCAAUUGUACAGAAUAGGUGUGAAGUUAUUAUAAGAUGUAAAGAGUUUUUUAUGAGGAUAGUGUGGUUUUAGAGUAUGUAGGAAAGAAGGGGACUGUUUUUCUAGUAACAGUAGGUCUAAGAGAUGUGUGAUGUCACCACAACAACCACAUCUUUGUUGUGGUGGUGUCACCACAUCAACCACAGUGUUUCUGUGGUGGUAUCACCACAUCAACCACAGUGUUAUUGUAAUGGUGUCACAUUAUCACAACUGCAACAAAAAUGAUAGACUGCCAAAUCAUAGAUGAUAGUCUUCAAGUCAUUUGCUCUCUAGGCUCUAAUACUGUUGUACUCUUAAUGGCCCCAUUUAAGUCAGGUUAAAUUACAGCUCUGGAGAAUGUACUGUACAGAGAACCUCCAGAUUGGUCUCAACUGUGUGCACAUAAGUCACCUCCUUUGAAAAUGAGAGGCUCAGCUGACAGUGUAAAAUAACUCCAGUGAAAAGCAGGGAAAAGAUAAGAUUUUCUUCAGAUUUUUAAUGUGGAGGGUUAACUACCCAGGAUAACCCCAUGAAGUCCAUGGCAUCAUUGGGGUUUUCCAGCUUUAUUUCCAUUGGGAUCCUUUAAUUUCCUUCCCCAGGUGUGACCCACAGCAGUUGACUUACACCAAGGUGCCUACUUUGUGCUAGGAAGGACAGGGGCAGCAGUUGUAAGGAAACAUUCCCAGCAGUUCACCCAUGCCAGGAUUGAUUCCUGGUCCCUCAAUGUGUGAGCUUUGGAUAUCAUCUGCUUAGCUAUGAGUACACUUAGAGAUAAUUCAAUAAGCAUAAAAGGACCAAGAAUUUUCCACAUCCUUUCUUCAUGCAUGAGGGGAUUACUAACAAGCUUCUAGUUAUCUUUGAGAGAGAACUUUCAAGUUCCUCAAGUCAGUUGCUGAUAAACCUGUCUGUGUGUACACAUGUUGGACUGUAUGUGGCUAGCACCAACAGCCUAGUUGAUCAAGCCAUCUACCAGGAGGUUCUGUCUGGACCAGGCCUUGGGGGCAUUGACAUCUGAAAUAUUCUUAUGGUGUCACCAAGUAUGGCUAUUGAAUAUAUUUAUUGAUGAUGUUGUAAAGGAAGUGAAUACCAGUGUUGGGAAGAGGUGUGAGCCUCAAAUGUAAGGAAUCUUAUAUGAACUGGGAGUUUAUAGUAGAGACUAUUUAAUUAGUAUUUAUAAUUAUAAUGAUAUUGUAUAUAAAAUGACAUUAUUGAAAUUAAACUAAAUGUAGAAGCUAUCCAUUAAAUUUUUGACAAGCUAAGAUUUGCAAAUACUGUGUAUACAUGUUAUAGAUUUUUAAUUUGAGUCAUAUUCACCGUUUAAUUCUUGACCUCUUAGUGAUGAAUUACAUGUAUAGAGAAACGAUAAAGUAUUACGAGCUAAUUGUUAUUUGUUGGAAUUUCAAAUAUCUAAGUGAAAGUUAAAAAAUUGUAUGUCAUAUGCUGGUAGUUCCUGUAUUCUAAAGAUUUUUAUUUGUUAUACCAAGUAAGCAUGGAUGCUUAAUAGACUUCAACCUAGGGUCACUCAGCGGCUCUUAGUGUCUUAACCAAAUACAGUGGACCCCCGGUUAACGAUAUUUUUUCUCUCCAGAAGUAUGUUUAGGUGCCAGUACUGACCGAAUUUGUUCCCAUAAGGAAUAUUGUGAAGUAGAUUAGUCCAUUUCAGACCCCCAAACAUACACGUACAAACGCACUUACAUAAAUACACUUACAUAAUUGGUCGCAUUCGGAGGUGAUCGUUAUGCGGGGGUCCACUGUACAGUACAGUAGUGGUCUUACAUUUUGUAUAUAAGCAUGCAGUACUGUAUACAUAUUUUCUUUUUACGGAGACAAAUAAUAAUACUGUAUUGGAUUAAAAUAAACAGUUUGUGUAUUUGUCAACAAGAAAAUAAUGUGCAUUAGCAAUUAUUAUUGUAUGCAGUGUGACAUCUCGGGGUAUAAAAUCUGCUUGCUGAAUGUUUGCUAAACAUGUAGGUCUCACUGCACAGUGUUGGAAUUUAGUAAAUUAGUAAAUGACUAAAGGUCUGGAAAUAUUGAAAAAUUUUCACAGUUAAAGACAAAAUUAGAUUUCUAAUACUGGUACAAUAUAAUUAUUGCCCAGACUUGUUGUUUACUUCAUCAAAUUAUGUUAAAUUUUAUAAAAUCUAAGAUAGGUUCAUGACACUCACAAAGGAGUGUUAUUGUUUGAUGAGCCAAUGAGACUUCAGUUAUGUAUUCAGUCCUCCCUUCAAAAUGCUCUCUGCAAUUUAUUUUAACUCUUGUGAGUUAAAGAAAAUCCAUAAAUUAAUUUGAAAUCAAGUGGUUGUGUACUCUGUUCCAUUUAACCUAUUGAUAAAUCUUUUUCUCCAUUAACAUCUAACAUCCACCAUACAUUUCCUAAAGUUGUCAUCUUUACUGUGCUUUGAGGGAUGGCAGUGCUAUAUUUAUUCUACCAUUUUUGUUCAUGUUCAGAAGCUGUUGGUGUCUAUUAAUACAUUACUACAGUGGAACCUCAGUUUUCGUGAUUAAUCUGUUCUAAAAAGUCUGAUGAAAACCAAAUCGUACGAAAACUGAAGCAAUAUUUUCCAUAAGAAAUAAUGUGAAUCCAAUUAAUCCAUUCCAGACACCCAAAAAUAUUAACAAAAAUUACAUUUUAUAGAGAAUAUAGUUUUACAUACAGAAAACAAUGAGAAAUAAAUAUAAAUGACUAAUGAAAUUCUAGGUAGUAGGUUGGUAGACGGCAACCGCCCAGGGAGGUACCACCGUCCUGCCAAGUGAGUGUAAAACGAAAGCCUGUAAUUGUUUUACAUGAUGGUAGGAUUGCUGGUGUCCUUUUUUCUGUCUCAUAAACAUGCAAGAUUUCAGGUAUGUCUUGCUACUUCUACUUACACUUAGGUCACACUACACAUGUGUUUUUUUUUUUUUUUUUUUUCAACAAGUCGGCCGUCUCCCACCGAGGCAGGGUGACCCAAAAAAAAGAAAGAAAAUCCCCAAAAAGAAAAUACUUUCAUCAUCAUUCAACACUUUCACCACACUCGCACAUUAUCACUGUUUUUGCAGAGGUGCUCAGAAUACAACAGUCUAGAAGCAUACACAUGUAAAGAUACACAACAUAUCCCUCCAAACUGCCAAUAUCCCAAACCCCUCCUUUAAAGUGCAGGCAUUGUACUUCCCAUUUCCAGGACUCAAGUCCGACUAUAUGAAAAUAACCGGUUUCCCUGAAUCCCUUCACUAAAUAUUACCCUGCUCACACUCCAACAGAUCGUCAGGUCCCAAGUACCAUUCGUCUCCAUUCACUCCUAUCUAACACGCUCACGCACGCUUGCUGAAAGUCCAAGCCCCUUGCCCACAAAACCUCCUUUACCCCCUCUCUCCAACCCUUUCGAAGACGACCCCUACCCCGCCUUCCUUCCCCUAUAGAUUUAUAUGCUUUCCAUGUCAUUCUACUUUGAUCCAUUCUCUCUAAAUGACCAAACCACCUCAACAUAUGUGUACAAGUAUAUAUAUACACACCCCUCUGGGUUUUCUGUUAUUUUCUUUCUAGUUCUUGUUUUUGUUUAUUUCCUCUUAUCUCCAUGGGGAAGUGGAACAGAAUUCUUCCUCCGUAAGCCAUGCCUGUUGUAAGAGGCGACUAAAAUGCCGGGAGCAAGGGGCUAAUAACCCCUUCUCCUGUAUAAAUUACUAAAUUUGAAAAGAGAAACUUUUGUUUUUCUUUUUGGGCCACCCUGCCUCAGUGGGAUAUGGCCGGUUUGUUGAAAGAAGAAGACUAAUGAAUGGAUAAAUGAACAUUUAACAUCUCUUUUGCCUUUAUUGAAGACUUUUGUUGGCAUAUGGAAGAUGGUGAGGAGGGGAGAGGGAGGAGGAGAGGUUAUUGUUUGGAAGGAAAAUCCUCUUCCGUAAGGACUUCAGGUACCAAGGCCAUAUCUGAGGUUACUUCCCUUCUUUGUCUUUUACUGGCACUAGGACCAGCUUGAGAGUCACUGGACCCCUGUUGCACAAAAAAUCUGUCCAGAGAGGUGUUUCUGGCAUCUCUUUAAGAUUUGCCUAAAAUGAGACAAGGCAUUGUCAUUGAGCAUGUUGCAAACACAGCUUGCAACAGCUUUGUUAGGGUGAUAUUUCUCUACAAAACUUUGCAACUCACUCCACUUUGCACACAUGUCCUUAAUCACUGAAGAAGGCACAUUCUCCCCUCUCUCUUCCUCUUCCUCUGAAACAAUUUCUUCAGCUGCAGUCUGUUGCUAUUCCAGUUGAAGGUCUUGCAGCUCUUCAGUGGUUAGCUCUUCCCUGUGGUCAUCCACCAACUCUUCCACAUCCUGGCCACUCACAUCCAACCCAUGGACUUUCCCAAAGACACAAUAGAUUCCACAGUAGGCAUAGGGUCAUCAGGGUCAGCCUCAAACCCUUCAAAAUCCUUCUUGAGGACACAUUCUGUCUGCAAAUUUCUCCAAGCAGAGUUCAUCGUCCUGGAAGUCACUCCCUGCCAAGCCUUAUCUAUAAGGCUUAUGCAAUUGAGGAUAUUGAAGUGAUUCCUCCAGAACUCUCUUAGGGUCAGUUCAAUGUCUGAGGUCAAUUCAAAGCACCUUUGAAACAUUGCUUUGGUGUAGAGUUUUUUGAAGUUUGAAAUGACCUGCUGAUCCAUGGGCUGGAUGAGAGGAGUGGUAUUAGAGGGCAAGAACUUCACUGUGAUGGAACUAAACUCCUCCAACAAUUGAUUUUUCAAGUCUGGAGGAUGAGCGGGAGCAUUGUUCAAUACCAGGAGGCACUUGAGUGGCAAUUGAUUUUCCAGGAGGUAUUUCUUCACACUCGGGUCAAACACUUCAUUGACCCACUCAAUGAAAAUUUGUUACGUGACCCAUGCCUUAUUGUUAGCCUUCCACAUCACACACAAUUUACUCUUGAUGACAUUGUUUUUCUUGAACAUUUGGGGAUUUUCAGUGAUACACCAGUAAAGGCUUCACUUUGAAAUCCCCAUUAGCAUUACCAUGGAACAAAAGAGUUAGCCUAUCCUUCAUAGGCUUGUGUCCUGGCAGUGCCUUUUCCUCCUGUGUGAUGUAGAUCCUCUUUGGCAUUUUCUUCCAAAAGAGGCCUGUUUUGUCACAAUUGAAGACUUGUAGGGGGGAGGAAUUCUUCAGCCUCUACAUACUCCUUGAAUUCAUCAACAAAUUCUUCGGCCCCAUGUUUGUCCAGACCUGCAGCCUUGCCAUGCCUUACCACACUGUGUAUGCCAGUUCGCUUCUUGAAUUUGUUGAACCAGCCUCUGCUGGCCUUAAAUUCACUAACAGCAGCAUUCGUUCCAGGCAUUUUCUUUGCAAGAUCUGCAUGCAACUACCUUGCCUUUUCACAAAUUAUUGCCUCUUAAACACUAUCUCCCACUAACUGUUCUUUGUUGAUCCACACCAACAACAACUUUUCAACAUCUUCGAUUGUUUGCAACAUCAACUUCCUUGAUUUCUUUUUUCUUCACCAGGAUGGAACUGAUCGUUGAUGAGGACUUCCUGUACAUCCUGGCAAGAUCGGCCAUGCGUAUGCCACUUUCGUACUUUGCUAUGAGUUCUUUCUUGAAUUCUAUCGUGUUUCUCGCCUUCCUUGUCAGAGGGCUGGCACUCGGAAGUUUCUUUGGCCCCAUGGUGGCUUAUUUAGCAGUCUCACUCAAUAAACAAGCACAAAAAACAAUGGAUUAUUACGAAAUGCUUCGGAUGAAUGCACGAGGUGAUGCUCGCUCAGCGAGAAACAAAGGCAGACUGAGUCGUGAACGCAUGGGACCAUUUUCAACUCUACGAAAACCAAGUGGAUGUAUGAAAACGGACAAAAUUUCAUCAAAAAAAGUUGUCGAAAACUGAAUCCUACGAAAACUGGGGCAUACGAAAACCAAGGUUCCACUGUACCUCCAUUAAAAUUGGGAUUUGAUAAGAAAAGAAUACUGGAAAUAUUUUUCCUAGAAUAGAUCUGUGAAUGUAAGAAAGGAGUCUGUGGGAAAAUUAUUUUGCUUAGCAUCACUUUUCUUUAAACCUCAUCUCUGUCAAGUAACAGGGAAAUAUUGUGUCAUAAUGUUAGCUUGAUAAAAUGAAAAGACAUAUCAUAACAGAUAUUGAAAUUUGUUAGUUCUUUGAGACACCAACAUAGCUUCUUUUCCAAAAAAAAGUAGCUUUUACAAGUGUUACUGAAAAGGAAUUCAGUAUUAUAGAAAUAUUCUUUUAGCCUUUUUAAAAAAUUGUAUCUGGAAUAAAUUACUUAUUGUGACUUAUCUGCUAAUUAGCUAACCGGAAUACAAUGUAAUACUUAGCAUCAUUAUGGCCGUCUUCUUAUCACCAGUGUCGAGGUUGGGAGACUACUCUCUCCCGUCUUCGCAUUGGCCAUACUUGUCUUACUCAUGGAUAUCUCAUGGAGAGGUGCCCUGCUCCUCUCUGUGAGAAUUGCCAGGCUCCAUUAUCAGUCAGCCACAUUCUGUUGGACUGCCCACUUUAUCAACGAGCACGCAGAAUUUACCUCCGUCGUCGUCUUCACUCCGCUGCUCUCUCUUUACCUUCCCUUCUUGCUGAUGGACCCACCUUUCAUCCGGACUCUCUCAUUGACUUUUUGACAACAACUGACUUACUUCACAAAUUCUGAUACCUUCAGCCCUUUCUACCUCAAUCUCUUGCUACCCUCUACCCCCGUACUAUCCCCUGCCCCGCUGUUUUCUGUAACCUACUGAUCAUCCCUCCUCCCUUCUGCCGCCCAAUACCCUCGCUUCCUUUCCUACCCUGCAGCGCUGUAUAGCCCUUCUGGCUUAGCGCUUCUUUUUGAUUAUAAUAAUAAUUAGCAUCAUUAAUGACUUCAAAAAAAAAAAAAAAAAAAAGCACA